AGAGUGAGAGAGAAGUUGUGCAUGCAGCGACAGAAAAACACGAGCGAAAAUCCGCGGUUUUUCCUCCAUUCGGGACGGGGGUGGGGGGGCGACCUUUCGCCUAGUUCCAGCGGCCCUCGGUUCAUCGGGUUUACCCUGACACUGCUGACUCCCACCGGCAGACACGCAGCCUGCUUCCUCCAACCGCCCGGCGAACACGCACUGCUCAUGCGCCGUCUGCUCUCCAAUUGGCCGGGGCCCUCCGACACACUCGACUCCCAUUGGCGGCGUGUUGCCACCCGCUGGUGUGUGUUGUGAGUUUUGUUUUCCUUUCCCCCCCUUCCCAUGUUUUACACACACAGCUGAGAGAAGAAGACCCAGUCACUGGAAGAACACACACACACACAAAAUCCUCCGAUUUCAUCCCCUCUUCUCGUCAGCAACAAACAGGCACACACUGAGGGGGAAAAACCCGCCGUCUCUGUUGGUUCCACACUGGCAUCGUAUCGCAUCACACUGCGUUAUCUGUGGAGUUUUCCUGCUCGAUGCCCGUAGAGAUGGAGCAGUCUUCUCAUGAGGUUGACUGUAUGGACCGAGGUGGGUCCAACUUGAAGAGGAGGAGGUGUGACAGUGAGCAGUCCAUCUUCAGUGGAACCAGCGGCUGUUCCCCCAGUUUGGAGUACACAGAUCUGGAAGCAGCUGAAGCCCUGGUUUGUAUGAGCUCUUGGGGCCAGGGUCAGUUCCUCAGUUGCACUAGACCGAACCCCUACAAGGUCCGACCCCUCACGCCAGCUUCAGACUCCUGUGACUCCUGCCACCUUCCUCUAGAACUCCUAGAGGCCCCCAAGGACUUUGUGUCCCUCUCCUCCCUGUGUAUGACUCCCCCUCACAGCCCCAGUUUCACUGAGUCCUCUACCACCAGCUCUGCCCUCCAAUCCUCUGUGUGCAGGCCCAGUUCUUGCCCAGCUGUGUCCCCACUAUCCAGUGGCAUUGGGGUACAUCGACCCGCCUUGCCCCCCAUCAGCAAAAAGGCUCCUUCUCCCCUCCCUCCAUCACAGCCUUGUAGAGCCAUGGUGACCAGUGUCAUCCGCCACACUGCAGACAGCACCCCCUGCCAGCACCACAUUCCAGUGGCCCCCAGUCCAGAGAGACGUAGAGACACAGUAAAAGACGCAACGUUCUGCAAACAGCAGCAGCAGAACCUAGAACAUAUUGUAAAUGUUGUAAAGACUGAGCAGAUAACCACACUCCCACCUCUUCUUGUCCCUUUCACACCCACAUCGUCAGCCUCAAAGCCUGAGCAGCAGGCUAAUCACUCAAAAUCCUGCAUGGACAGCUCUGCCCCCAGCUCCAUUGAUGCCCCUUCACAAAACAGCCUAUCCUCUCCACCUACUCCCACGGCCCUUUCCCCAACUCCAGUCACCAGCCCUCAAAUCAUCUGCCAGAUGUUCCCUGUUAGUGGCCAAUCUGGCAUAAUUUCAGCCUUUAUCCCCAGUGCAAUACAGACCUCCAGUACUGGGAUGAGGACCACCACCACACCCAUCCUCCCCCAACCUUCAUCCCCCAAUGCUGCCCCUGUGCAGCCGCCCCUUAUCAUGGGCUCACCGAUGCCUCAUGGAACGGUAAUGCUGGUUCUCCCUCAGCCCUCUGUCUCUCAGGCUUCACAUUGCCCACAGACUGUCAUGACUCUGGGCAAUACCAAGCUGCUACCUCUGGCCCCAGCCCCGGUUUAUGUACCAGCAGGGCCCUCUGGCACUGCAACUGCCUGUAAGAUGGACUUCUCCCGCAGGAGAAAUUAUGUUUGUAACUUCCCAGGCUGUAGGAAGACGUACUUCAAAAGCUCCCACCUCAAAGCACAUCUUCGAACACACACAGGUGAGAAGCCUUUCAGCUGCAGCUGGGACGGCUGCGACAAGCGGUUUGCCCGUUCAGAUGAGCUCUCACGUCACAGACGAACACACACCGGUGAGAAGAAGUUUGUGUGUCCAGUGUGCGACCGGCGAUUCAUGCGUAGUGACCACCUGACUAAACAUGCCCGGCGUCACAUGACCACCAAAAAAAUUCCCUCUUGGCAGGCCGAGGUGCGCAGCCUAAACAAAAUGGCUGCCGGCAAGACGCCUUCUUUGAAACCUGGCCUUACCACCCUCAGCAUGCUGGUACCUGCUGCCCCAAACUAGUCAAUGAGCUUUUACCCAGUCACCCAACCUACUUCUAAACUACCACAGGGACAUAGGAAGCAGACAAGCACAAAAGGCUGCUGCUAUUUUACUCAUGGAAAUAAAUUUUAAAAAAUGCACUGGACUCUCCAUUAUUCUUUACUGCUCAUUUGUACGUUUAACUUUGAGAAAAGUAAUUUUUGUUUACUUUUAUAUAAUUUCAGAAAUGUAUGCACUCUUUUGCCAAAGUCUUUGUAUGAAGUUUGUCUUACACAUUUCACCUCCAGAUCCCCAAAUAUUCUCCUUUUAUUGUAUUGCUAUUUGUUAUACAUCUAUGUGAAUGUAUUGUACGUUGUGCUAUGACAUGCAUUUGUUAAAUUUGGGAAAAUGCUAAACAUGCAAAACAAUGUAAAAAUGGAUAUUAAUCAUUGAUACUAUGAUUAUACCAUUAUGCCUAACUUUUCAUAUUAUUUAAUACUUAUUUGUAAUAAAAAAAGGCUACAAAUGAAUCUUAUGAAGUCCACCUCACUGAUGCCUCGUGGCUUUGAUUUGA